AUGGCAGAUUCAUUAAGUAACAUGGAAUGCCCAUUCUGUGGGUGGACCAGCGAAUGGCGUGAGGAGUAUGAAAUGUUAAUGCACAUGGAAACUUACCACCCCGAGGACGGAAAGUCUCCAUUUGUUCCGGAUGAGGGCCUUCCAAACCCAACGAAUGCGGCUGAGGACUCAGACGGUGUCGGCGACGCUUAUGUCGAGUGUCCCCUUGACGGUUGCAAUGAGGUCCUGGUUAGGGACGAGCUGGACUACCAUCUGGAGCUGCACUCGGAGGAAGCAGAAGAGAAGGAUGUGGCUUCUCGCGCAACAACUCCGCAACCGCCAGCGCAGGCGCCGGAGUCUAGCCAUUCAACGCCAACUUCGCUGGAGUCGGGUGGCGACCUAUCCUCCGACGUGACCUACGUCGAGAUCCCAAAGUCUAAGCAACAGCGGGCUAUCGCCGCCUGGAGGAAUAUGUUGGCAAUGCCUAGCAUGCGCCGUCCUAAGAAGACGGACAGCACUGCUGCAAGCACGACACCAAAGCCCAGCAACGGCGCCAUCUCCAAGAAGGUGCCUGUGAAGCUCGGUAAGGCCGAGCUGGGACGGUACCACAGCGAGCAGCGCAUGCCAGACUGGCUCGUCUCUCACCUUCGCAAGUAUGGACAGGCCGUCGGUCGCGACAUAAUCCCAGUAAUAGCCCAACUCUUGGAGCAGUCGUCCCUGACGGAGUACGCCUAUCUCUGCCACCCUUGCACUUGGCACGUGUCCAAGCUCCGCCGCGAGGGCGGGUUCUGUGGCUACAGGAACAUUCAGACGGUGAGCUCUUACAUUAUUGGAGCCAAGUUUGAAGGCUGUCAUCACUUCAACGACAAGCUGCCUUCGGUUUUCGACAUUCAAGACUACGUCGAGGCUGCGUGGGACAAGGGCAUCAACAAGCAGGGCAGGAUCGAGACGGGAGGAAUCAUAGGAACGCGAAAGUACAUCGGUACGCCAGAAGCACAAGCUAUGUUCGUGUCGCUCGGCGUCGCAUGCGACGCGCAGGGCUUCAAAAACAAAGAGCAGCCGGGCAAGGCCGAGGCCCAGAUGCUAGCGUCCGUAGAAAGGUACUUCCAGCAGGGCAUCUUCGACCCGGAGGACAAGGUGCGGUGCACAACGCUUCCGCCUAUCUAUUUCCAGCAUGCGGGCCACUCGAUGACAAUCAUCGGGAUCGAGAAGCAGAAGGACGGAGGUGUGAACUUGCUCGUUUUCGAUCCCAUGUUCCGCGACUCAGCGAUCGUCACGGACAGGAUCGGACAGAGAUUCACCUCCAAACACCCGGAUCACGCUCUGAGGGCGUACCGCCGAGGAAACAAGUACCUAAGACGGUACAGGGAGUUUGAGCUUCUUAGGCUGAGACCGCCCAUGGGGGCUAUCAGGGGAACGGCCGAGAUCCAACCCCCCUUGCCAGCGGUACAGCCCACUUCGGAGGAGAGAAAUGGUGGUGGAGAUACGGGUCUGACAGUGAAUCCAAGCUAG